CCGCGCUGGGGAGCGGAGGAGAGUAAAUACAACAGGAGCGCAAAAUGGCGGAACCGCCAAGCCCAAUGCACGGCUCCGCCGCCGCGGUUGCGGCUGUCUCGGAGAAAGAACCACUUGGCAGGCAGCAGCAGCCUUCUUCCCGGGAUGCAUCAGGUCCUCUGUCAGCCAAGAAGGUCCGGACCGAGGAGAAGAAGGCGCCGCGGAGAGUGAACGGAGAAGGGGGCAGCGGAGGGAACAGCAGCAGGCAGCUGCAGCCUGCGGCGGCGGCUGCACCGUCGCCUCAGAGCUAUGGCAGCUCUGCGUCCUGGAGCUUCGCCGCCCUGUCUGCUGUCCCUUCUGCGUCGUCGUCUCGGAGCUGUUUCUCCUUCUCCGCUGGCCCGGCCGUGUCCUCCGCCUCCGCUUCCUCGUCUCCGCCGGUGCCGCGCAAACUGCUGGUCCCUCCUACGCUGCUGCACGCGCCACUUCCCCGCGUCCUGCUGCCGGCCGCCGCUGCCCCGACCGCCGCCAAGCCGCGCAGACCCAAGGAGAAGCGCGAGAAGGAGAGGCGGCGGCACGGGCUCGGCGGCGCCGCCCGGGAGGAGAACGGGGAGGCGAAGCCGCUGCCCCGAGAUAAAAUCAAAGACAAAAUCAAAGAGAGAGACAAAGAAAAAGAGAAAAAGAAGCACAAAGUAAUGAGUGAAAUUAAGAAAGAGAAUGGGGAAGUAAAGAUUUUGCUGAAAAGUGGGAAGGAGAAGCCAAAAACAAAUGUAGAAGACUUACAAAUUAAAAAGGUAAAGAAGAAAAAGAAAAAGAAACACAAAGAAAAUGAGAAACGGAAGCGUCCGAAAAUGUCUAGCAAAUCUAUUCAGACCAUCUGUUCAGGAUUGUUAUCUGAUGUUGAAGAUCGAGAGGCCAAAGGCAUACUAAGUGAGAACAUAAAGGAUUGCAUUGGAAAGAAUGUAGAUAUCAAGAACUGUGAUUCUAAAAUUCCAGAAAACAGUGAGUUUCCAUUUGUCUCAUUAAAGGAGCCACGAGUUCAGAAUAACCUCAAAAGGCUGGACAGUUUGGAGUUCAAGCAGCUCAUUCAUAUUGAGCACCAGCCUAAUGGAGGUGCAUCAGUCAUCCAUGCCUACAGCAACGAACUCUCCCACCUGUCUCCUAUGGAGAUGGAGAGGUUUGCAGAAGAAUUUGUGGGUCUAGUGUUCAGUGAAAAUGAAAACUCUGCAGCUUUCUAUGUAAUGGGCAUUGUUCAUGGGGCAGCUACUUAUUUACCUGACUUUUUAGACUACUUUUCAUUUAAUUUUCCCAAUUCACCAGUGAAAAUGGAGAUAUUGGGAAAGAAAGAUAUAGAGACAACGACUAUGUCCAAUUUUCAUGCUCAGGUAAAAAGAACAUAUUCUCAUGGUACUUACAGAGCUGGCCCAAUGAGACAAAUAAGCUUGGUGGGUGCCGUCGAUGAAGAAGUGGGAGAUUACUUCCCUGAGUUCCUUGACAUGUUGGAAGAGUCACCAUUUUUAAAAUGUACACUGCCAUGGGGGACACUGUCGAGUCUAAAAUUAGAGAGUCGAAAAGAUAGUGAUGAUGGUCCCAUCAUGUGGGUACGUCCAGGGGAACAAAUGAUCCCUGUGGCUGAUAUGCCAAAGUCACCCUUCAAAAGAAAAAGAACUACCAAUGAAAUAAAAAACCUUCAGUACCUACCUCGAACCAGUGAGCCUCGGGAGAUGCUCUUUGAAGACAGGACAAGAGCUCAUGCAGAUCAUAUAGGACAAGGCUUUGAACGCCAGACUACAGCUGCUGUUGGAGUGCUGAAGGCUGUGCACUGUGGACAGUGGCCUGAUCAACCCCGAAUAACCAAAGAUGUAAUUUGUUUUCAUGCUGAAGAUUUCUUAGAAGUAGUUCAACGAAUGCAAUUAGAUUUACAUGAACCUCCACUGUCCCAGUGUGUCCAGUGGGUUGAUGAUGCAAAACUUAAUCAGCUGAGGAGAGAAGGCAUUCGUUAUGCCAGGAUUCAGCUCUAUGAUAAUGACAUUUAUUUUAUUCCAAGGAAUGUUGUGCAUCAAUUCAAGACAGUUUCAGCUGUAUGCAGUUUAGCAUGGCAUGUUCGGCUCAAAUUAUAUCACUCAGAUGAGGACACAUCUCAGAAUAUAGCUACUCAUGAAAUAGGCACCUCACCAGAUCCCACAUCAUCGGUUCUUGGACCUCACACUGACAACAUGAUUUCUGCUGUAAGCAAAACUCCCUUGGAUUCUGUCUUUUCAGACAAACUUCAUUCUAAAUAUGAUUUACAGCGUAUUAAACAUGAACCUAUUGCAUCUGUAAGAGUCAAGGAAGAACCUGUGAAUGUUAAUAUUCCUGAAAAGACUGCAGCACCGAAUAUUAUGGAUGUAAAGAAUAUUAAAGCAAAGUUGGAUCAUGUUCAGUUUACAGAAUUUAAGAUUGACAUGGAGUCUAAGUUUGAAAAUAGCAACAAAGAAUUAAAGGAAGAAUUGUGCCCUGAAGUCUUAUAAGUCUAGUUGACACAAGGCAACAUAGUUCUGUAUACUCAAAUCAAGAUAGAAAAAGAUGAUGACAUUUUGUGUUAAAUUUGUACAUAGCAUUUAAAAUUCUUUUUUAAAAAGAUUAAUAAUGUAAUAAAUAUUCAUGAAAUCUGAAAGCAAUCCCAGGACUUGCUUUCAAGUCUGUUAAGAAAUAUAGAUUAUGUAGCUUUGUAACAUUCCUCAGUGCCUGUCCAUAACUGUGAAGUAUCAAGCACUUAGGGCCAGAAGCACUGUAAACAUUGCAGGUUUAAACAUAAAGGAGUCUUUAAAAAAAUCAUUUGAGUUGGAGUUGUAGGUUUUAGGAUAGAGCUGACAUUAGCAUAUAUAUAUAUAUAUAUAUAAAUAUAUAUUAUAUAUUUUGUAAUAUGAGCCAGAAUCCUUUUUUGACAAUUUAAAGCUUUUCCAUAGAGCUUAUUUAUACCAAUUUUUUUUCAUUUUAAAUGUGUCAGCACUGUAGUGUAAAUAGCUUUUUAAAAAUCUUUUUAGUGUGAUUUAUACUGAUAUGUGAGCCACUUAAUAAAGGCUCAUGAUAAUGAAUAUUUUUUUUGUUGGGUCUGCAAAGACAAA